GCUUGUUAGAGCCAGGUCCAAUCGUGCGUGUAGAAUUGGGGAGUACCUCACCGGGCUGGAGUAAUCGUGCUUUCGGUUAUUAUUAUUUUUUGCAGGUUUCUUCCGUUUUGUUUAGUAGCAAUACUGCUGGAGGAACGUUAAAAGGGGUUUUCGUCGGUACUUCGGGUUUUACUUAACGGCGGUGUGGCGCAACGCUGUAAACGCUGAGUUUAGGAUUUGUCACCUUGGCCGCAGCAGCUGACUUAGCUACUUGUGUCUUGAGGAGAGUGGUGUCGCUAGGUAGUUGCCAAUCGAAAACAGGCAUUUGCUAACAAGUAGUUAGCAAGUCAGUCAGUUAGCCAGUCAGCUAGCCACCUCUCCCUACUGCCACAGCAAGUCCCACCCUCACUAAGUGCGUGGACGUCGUAAGAAGCUGCAGCGGUGAAGUCGAGUGCUUUUUCCUCUUUAUUUAGCCAGCAUCGCUGUACAGCUGGCUGGCGAGCUAAAAUAGCCCUCUAAAACGUUAGCUAGGUGACGCCAACGUAACAUUGUUGGCUUUAACGGUGGACGAGUGUGUUCUGUGGCAGGAUACGGUCGCUACACUGGCAAAGAGACUGGCUAAAAAGAAGAGACGAAAUAAGAGCGAACAAGGAAGACACCGAGAAGGAGGGGACUGGCUAGUUUAGCCGGGGAGACAGAAUCUCAUACAGACAGCCAACGCCGCCACUGAGCCAGGCACAGCCAUGAGUAUUGAGAUACCGGUGGGGUUGACAGAACUGCUGCAGGGCUAUACUGUGGAGGUGCUGCGACAAAGGCCGUCAGACCUGGUGGAUUUUGCAGUACAGUACUUCACCCGUUUGCGGGACACCAGAAGUCAGGAUGGGGCCGGUGCUGGUGGCAAAGCGGGGAAAGGAGUGAUGUUUGAUGGGGAGCCAAUGCAAACAGAAUCUAAUGGAGAGGAUGAUGAAGAUGAUGAUUCCGACUUUGAGCCACCACCACCACCCAGCAGAUUCAACAGGAGAGUGUCAGUGUGUGCCGAGGCGUUCAACCCAGACGAGGACGAUGAGGACACGGAGCCCAGGGUGGUUCAUCCAAAAACAGAUGAACAGCGCUGCAGACUGCAGGAGGCCUGCCGAGACAUCCUUCUCUUCAAAACACUAGAUCAGGAGCAGUUUUCAGAGGUGCUGGACGCCAUGUUUGAGUUGAGGGUUCAGCCCCAGGAGCAUGUCAUCGACCAAGGAGAUGACGGAGACAAUUUCUACGUCAUAGAGAGGGGUGUGUAUGACAUCGUGGUAUCGGGAACAUGCGUGGGUCAGUAUAACAAUAAGGGCAGCUUCGGGGAACUGGCACUCAUGUACAACACGCCACGUGCCGCCACCAUCAUCGCCACCCAGGAGGGGGCGCUAUGGGGACUGGACCGCGCCACUUUCCGUAGACUCAUUGUGAAGAACAACGCCAAGAAGAGGAAGAUGUACGAGUGUUUCAUUGAGUCUGUGCCCUUACUCAAAUCACUGGAGGCAACAGAGAGGAUGAAGAUAGUGGACGUAUUAGGAAUGAAGCAGUUCACAGAUGGUGAGCGCAUCAUCACGCAGGGUGACAAGGCUGACUGCUUCUAUAUUGUAGAAUCUGGGGAGGUCAAGAUCAUGAUGAAGAGUAAAACGAAAGCGGACCAUGCAGACAAUGCGGAGGUGGAGAUAGCGCGCUGUAGCAGGGGUCAGUACUUUGGGGAACUGGCCUUGGUCACCAACAAGCCCCGGGCCGCCUCAGCCUACGCGUUGGGCGAUGUCAAGUGUUUGGUAAUAGAUGUGCAGGCGUUUGAGCGCCUCCUGGGCUCCUGUAAGGAGAUCAUGAAGAGAAACAUCGCUCACUAUGAGGAGCAGCUGGUGGCCCUGUUCGGCUCGAGCAUGGACCUGAGAGACUGAGCCUCCCACACCACCCUCCGUGCCUUCUACCACACACACACACACACACACACACACAUACACACAUACACACAUACACAGACUUACAUGUGUCCUCUCUAACAUCAUGCAGUGGCUUCACAGAGUUGUAGUAAACUUGACACAGGCCGUGCAAACAGUACAAAUUGGCUCACCUGCAAGUACUUAAAGGGCCACACAGUAUGAACACACACACACAUAUAGAUGAAGACUGACACUUAGGUAGGCACUGAGAGACGGCCACUUCAAUUAGUUCGCUCACCCUCGUGCACAUACUAGCUCAACACACUCCUUGAUAAGCUCACUUUAUGGAUGCGCACACAGCUAGUCUCAUAUCUUGUUUGAGCCAGCUUCAACUUCUCAGUAUGAAUGUCUUUGCUGCACUGACCAUAAGACAGGUAAUGCAGUGUAAGGACAUAAAAUACACACACACACACACACAGAUACGUGCACGCACUGCAUACACAUGUUUAAAAACACAUCAUCGUACUUCAUUUGUGCAGGCUUUGCAUUCACAUGAGCACUUAAACAACUCAUAGUUGUUCCAACAAGCCUCAGUAAAGGACAGACACACACAUACACACACACACAGAGGAGUACAGAUACAGAUACAGAUAAUCACAAACACAUAGGUUACCACACUUGCAAAAACAAGACACAUUGUGGUAAAAUGGAGACGAAAAACUUUAAAAUCUCAGAAAAGGAAAAUGAAUCAAAAAUGCAAAAAAAGAGAAAAGUUUAAAGAAGACAUACGUUUUAGAAACAUUUUAUGAAGAUAAAAAAAGAGAAGCUUUGAUAAAAUAUUAUUUAAAUAAAAAAAGUGUUUCCUCUUUGGGAGGCCGGGGUGCAGAACUUUGUGGGCGCGCUCCAUUUCUUCCUCUACUGUUGUUGAUUGAGUUGAGUUGAGUUAGUGCUGGUGAUUAUUGCAGUAUCGCAGAAGAAGCAGUGAAAACAAUAACAACCCUAUGUUUUCUGGGCCAUUGUUAUUCUAUCAUUGACGCCACACUUCAUUGUAUUGAAUUAAUUAUUAAUGUAUUGUUAUUAUAUAUUCAUUUAUUAUUUUUUUUUUGUUUUACUUUGACCAAUUCUGAUAAAAUUCACCAUCCAUCUCUGACAAAAUGUAAAAACAUAAAAAAAUUCUAAUAAAAACAGUAGUGCUUAUUUCUCCUUGAUUAUCCUUGAAUGAGUUGUCCUGGAUUUAAAAAUAAUAAUAAAAAAAAAAAACUGAAAAAAAAAUAAAACAUUUUGUUAAAAAUGUUGUCUU